GGAGUGAACUACUUUAUGUCCAAGGGUAUCCUAGAUGAUUCGCCAAAGGAAAUAGCAAAGUUUAUCUUCUGCACAAGAACACUAAAUUGGAAAAAACUGAGAAUCUAUCUUGAUGAAAGGAGGGAUGUCUUGGAUGACCUUGUAACACUGCAUAAUUUUAGAAAUCAAUUCUUGCCAAAUGCACUGAGAGAGUUUUUUCGUCACAUCCAUGCCCCUGAAGAGCGUGGGGAGUAUCUUGAAACUCUUAUAACAAAGUUCUCACAUAGGUUCUGUGCCUGUAAUCCUGAUUUAAUGAGAGAACUUGGCCUUAGUCCUGAUGCUGUCUAUGUACUGUGCUACUCUUUGAUUCUACUUUCCAUUGACCUCACUAGCCCUCAUGUGAAGAAUAAAAUGUCAAAAAGAGAAUUUAUUCGAAAUACCCGUCGUGCUGCUCAAAACAUUAGUGAAGAUUUUGUAGGGCACCUAUAUGACAACAUCUACCUUAUUGGCCAUGUGGCUGCAUAAAAGCACAAUUCCUAGGACUUCAACUUUUUACAUCCGACUGAAGCUGCCCACAGACUUGUUAAGCAGAUCUGGGAGUUACAUCAGUGCUGGUCAUUCUAGCCUCUGUAUACAAUCAAGCUUGAGUAUACAGCCUCUUUUUAUUUCCCUGUUUCCUUUUUAAAAUAAUUUCCUUUAGGAACUUAAUAAUUUUGCAGAAUUUUUCUUAAUUUUGCUUUAUCAUGUUUUGCACAAAGCAGAGCCAUUAUUUAACACAGCUGUUAAAGAAUGUUAAACUGACACACAUUGUAUUCUAUAAGAUGGUGUAUUUGUGCAUUAGAUUUGCCUGAAAAUCUUUAACCAUUUCCAUUCUUUUUAAAAUACAUGUGUAAUGUAUACAUAUUUAACUAAAGAAAUUUAUAAUCAUAAUUAUUUUAUUGUAAAGAUUUUAACUAAAGUUUUUCCUUUUCUCUCAAACUGAGUUCUGAAAUUUAUUUGUUUCUGAUCUUAGAAUAUUGUUGUCUUUGUAAAGUUGGAUCUGACUUCUGACAGAAGCCAAUACCACUUUCCCUUUCUUUGAACUUUGAAGAGUGUUGAUUUGUUACUAUAUGACUAUGCAAAACUGCCACUUAUUUGUAUAAUAUAAAUUUAUCAUUUGAUUUUUCAUUUUGAAAACUUCUGAGUCAAUUUUCAAUAAUUCUUUUAAAUAUUUAGAAUUUUAAAAUGUGCCCAAAUUAAGAGUUAUACCUAUAAACAGAAUAAAAUAUUAUUAGAAGUCUGGUAA